AUGGCCACAAACGGCACCAGUCAUCCAGAAAUCAUCCUAUACACCAACCAUGGCUGCCCAUGGGCACACCGCGCCCAUAUUGUCAUCAAAGAGCUGGGCCUCCCCUACAAGGAAGAGAUCAUUGACCUGGAUCGACCGCGUGACCCAUGGUAUCUCAAGGUGAACCCGCGCGGCCUGGUCCCUAGCAUCAGCUACAACGGCGAGAUCAUCAUCGAGUCGGCCGUCGUGGCGCAGUUCCUCGCCGACGCACACCCAUCGUCUUUACUCCCUCCAUCUACCGGGGCGUCCAACGCCCUGUAUCGCGCCCGCGUCAAUUUCUUCGCCGACACGUUCAUCACCAAGGCGUUGCCGCACAUCUUUGCCGGACAACGCGGCCAGUCCGAGGCCGAGAAGGAUGAAGCCGCGGAAAGCCUGGUCGCGGCCGUGGUCAAGGAACUGGAACCCCUCUUCACAUGGGACCCCGCCAGCAAGGGGCCCUUCUUCGGAGGCAGUGAGCGGGUGACCCUCGCGGAGGCUCUAACCGGCCCCUUUGUGCUCCGGCUCCUCGCGCUCAGCAAGCCCGAAUACGGCAUCUUGAGCCCGAAGCUGCACGCCCUGCUCGAGGAAAAGACUCCCAAAUUCCAGGCCUGGGCUUCGAGAGUCAUCGAGCAGCCCAGCGUGACGUAUAUUUGGAACGAAAAGGCCGUGGCGGAGAGGACCAAGGCCAGGUUCGCCAAGCUGGCGGCCGAGAAGAAGCUCUAA